CAUUUCAGUCUGUCUCUGUCUGUGACAUUGUCACAUUCUUUCAUCUAUUUACUCGCAGUCUCUUUGUUUUCUGUGACUCUGUAUCUUUCCUCGGUCUCUCUCUCUCUCUCUCCCUCUCCCCCCCCCCUUCUUGUUUCUCUUUCUCAUUUUGGACCCUUCCUCACGCCCUCCCUUUCUACCUCCUCUCUCAUUCUCAUCGUCUCCAUCUUCUCCUUCACCAGCAAUUACCAGCUCUGGCUGGGUCGCCACAACCUGUUUGAGGACGAAGACACAGCCCAGUUUGCCCAUGUCAGUAAGGACUUUCCACACCCCAAUUUCGACCUGAGCCUCCUGAAGAACGACACCCUCCCCCCAGGGGAGGACUACAGCCAUGACCUCAUGCUGCUCCGCCUGGAGGAGCCCGUCCAGAUCACAGAGGACGUGCAGGUCCUGGAGCUGCCCACCGAGGAACCCCAGCUGGAGAGCACCUGCUAUGCCUCUGGCUGGGGCAGCAUCGAACCAGAUAAGUUCACUUACCCAGAUGACCUCCAGUGUGUGGACCUUACUGUCCUGCCCAAUGAGAUGUGUGCCAGUGCCCACCCCCAGAAGGUGACAGAGUUCAUGCUGUGUGCUGGACACCUGGAGGGCGGCAAGGACACCUGCGUGGGUGACUCAGGGGGCCCGCUGAUCUGCGAGGGUAUGUUUCAGGGAAUCACGUCAUGGGGCCACAUCCCGUGUGGUGCCCCCAAUAAGCCCUCCGUCUACACCAAAGUGAUUUUGUAUGUGGAUUGGAUCAAGAAGACCAUGGCUGACAACCCCUGAAUGCCCCCGCCCUGUCCCUUACCCCCAGUAAAAUCGAAUAUGCAUCAAAAAAAA